AGUUGCCCUGGGUUGUGAGAACGGGGAGAAGCCGUGGCCUAGAUCCCUGGUGUUUCCGCCCCGCAGCGACCCCAGUUCAGAGCAGAUUAUGUAAGGAAGGGGGUCCAGGUUUGAAAUCACGUUCCCGUCUGGUCUUGGCAAUCCUCAUGCCGCGCUGUCUGUUGGCGCAUUCGCAGGGCCACUGCAGUGGACAUUCUGAUGACAACCCUCCACUCCACUGUAAAUUGCACGUCGCCGUUGCUACUUGCUGCUUGCUACCAAACCUUGAACCCGCCUUGCGAAGAGCAAGAAGCCGUCGCCUGCACAUAUCUAAGGUGAUGCACCGCCCAAGAUGAAACUCGCCAACAUCCUUCGUCUGCCAGCGCUGCUGGCGGCAACGCUUCUGGCGCCGGUAGCCCUAGUCGGCGCCGAGCACACCAGCAACUGGGCUGUGCUUGUCUGCACAUCGCGCUUCUGGUUCAACUAUCGGCACUUGGCCAACGUGCUUUCCAUCUACCGUACCGUGAAGCGACUCGGCAUCCCCGACUCUCAGAUUAUCCUCAUGCUCCCCGACGACAUGGCGUGCAACCCACGCAACGCCUUCCCUGGCACCGUCUACUCCAACGCGGACCGCGCUGUCGAUCUCUACGGCGACAACAUCGAAGUCGACUACCGCGGAUACGAAGUGACGGUCGAGAACUUCAUCCGCCUCCUUACGGACCGCGUGGGCGACGAGAUGCCGCGGAGCAAGAGGCUGUUGACUGACGACCGGAGCAACAUCCUCGUGUACAUGACGGGCCAUGGAGGAAACGAAUUCCUCAAGUUCCAGGAUGCCGAGGAAAUUGGGGCAUUCGAUCUGGCCGAUGCGUUCGAGCAGAUGUGGGAGAAGAAGAGGUACCACGAGAUACUCUUCAUGAUCGACACAUGUCAGGCAAAUACCAUGUACAGCAAACUGUACUCGCCAAACAUUAUCGCCACUGGCUCGUCGGAGCUCGACCAAUCGUCGUACUCGCACCACGCCGACAACGAUGUGGGCGUGGCAGUCAUCGACCGAUACACAUACUAUAACCUAGAAAUGCUAGAGAUGGAAGUCCGGGACACUAGCAGUAAGAAGACGGUGGGUGAUCUAUUUGACAGCUACACCUACGAGAAGAUACACUCCCACGCUGGGGUGCGGUAUGAUCUGUUUCCAGGCGGGGAGCAAGCCGCGCGGAGCCGGCUCGUGACAGAUUUCUUCGGCAACGUGCAAAACGUCGAGAUUGACGGAUCAAAGAACGCGGCUCUCGAGGAGGAUAUGCUCUCUCUGAGCAGGGCCAUUGCUGCACUCCGGCAACGGGCUGAGGAGGAGGAUGCGGCACAGAAGAACACGACAAGUACCGCCAAGAGUAUAGGGGUGGAUGAGGUGCCUGGCAUCCGCGAAACUGCAUUCGGCCAGGAAGGUUUCGGGCAAAAGUGUAAGUUCGGAAUUUGGGUCAAGAUGAGCGCCAACGUACCGAAACAAAAGUACCUGCCACUGCGCGAGAUCACUCUGAGUUCGCGGCCACUAGUCAAGCGCGGCAUCGCCUUCUCAUGCGACGGCGAGCUGGCCGUUGCAGCGGAUGACUCGGUUCACGUCUUUGUCCCGGAAUUUCCAGACCUCACCAAGCGCAGGGAGGGGAUAACGAAGCUGAUGGAUGGCCGGCCAAGCGGCAGUAGAACCGAUGGCGCUGAAGUACAUGAUACCGACGGGAACUCUCCAGAGGAAGACGAGGACCUCAACUUUAACGACAACCGCAAUAACAAACGCCACCAGUAUUCCGAGGGGAGCAAGCAUAUGCCGGUAUCAUUUCCACCAUUAGACCCGCGCGUCAACAGAGAGCUUUUCACCACAGCUCGUAUCCCUUUCCCAUACGAUCCGACUGGCGGCCAAGAUGAUAGCCUCGAAGACGACGAAGACGAAGAUGUCGACUACGAUGCUGAAGAGAAGUACUCGGACCAGAACGACUCCGACUCGGGGGACGGCUACGGGGCUACACCGGCCGACAAGCGCCCUUUUGGCGCCGGAUAUGGUCCGUUAACUGGCGUCGGUAGCACCAUGAACCACGUUGUACGCAUGUCAUGGUCUCCGUCCGGCCUCGGCAUCAAUCGCCGUCCCAUUCUAGCUGUCAUGACGGCCGCCGGAUCGGUCGCCAUGUACGGAGAUAAUAGCGCAGCAGCCAACAUCCCGCCGCGCGCUAACGGGAACAUGCUUAAGCGGCGCGAACUUAGCUCUUGGGUUGUGCUCUGGGGCGUAGGCGAGAGGCUCAUUGUGCCAGGGCAGCAAGCCAAGACCGCCGAGAAUAUCCAGGGAUUUGCAUGGUCUUACGCAUAUGGGCCUGGCCAGGUCCUGCUAGCGACCAUCAACGACCUAAAGGAAGUGGCCAUCAUCAGCGUCCAGACCGUUUUUGUGGCAGAGACGACCCUAGACGAGAACAAUGCCCCAAGAGUGGCAGAGCGCCGUGAAAACCUGGUGUGGCAGGUACAAGAAGUAGCACGCUUCGAGGCCAAGGGACCGCACCCCCCAAGGAACAUCAUGGACCCAGACUGGGUCCCUUGCGGAACUUCGUUUGGGCUGAGCUGGAGUCCAAUGGCGCAGCGCACUUGCGUAAUCUCGUUUAUCGACAGAAACUACGUUGGUUUCAGGAAUAUUGUUUUCAAAACACCAUGGAUCAGAGGGGAGCUCCCAAAGCUGGAUAUUUCCAGCCGUGAUGUCUAUGGCAAGUGCAUCCAUAUGUCUACGGACGCGUUUGUCGAGUUUGAGGAUACUGUUAGUCUACUCCACCAAAUGUUUUACCCCUUCUGUUCUGUACCAUCUCGAUUCUCGAUUAAUAUGGCAAAGGUCUGGCCCUUGGGUACUUCCGCUCUUUGCCGCGGAUUAAUCGUCACUGGUUUUCACGUUAAACCCUUUGAAGUUUCACUUACUGGCACUCCACACUCUCAACAGGCACCACAUAGCCCAAAGGAAUGCGGGACAACUUAUCUAGACGAGACCGCCGACAAACCAUCGCAUAAUCCCAUUAUAGACCUUUUCAUCCACCCUCCAGAUCCAAGCAAGCCAACCUCUGUGCCUCUCUACACCCUCGCCCGGUUGUCCGCCACUACUACUAACCAGGACUGGUACGAGACCAACGCACCGCAUGAUGAAGACUCCGAGACUGGCGACCCCACAAUACCGCAAUGGGCGCGGGAUAUAUCGGACAAGCUUCAGAUUUCUAUUCCCGCCGAUAUGCGGUUCAAGCGGAGAUAUGGCGGUGACAGCGAGUCGGACGUGGGUUCUGCGAGUGACAACUCGGACGCCGACAUGGAAGGCUUCGAUGUUGAUGAAUCUGAUGAAGACGAUGACGAAGACGACGACGCGGAUACCACCGCUACCAGCACCGUGCCGGAGAUUCACCCCCAUCGUUUUCGUCUUCAUGGGCUCGCGGCGUCCCCCGGCGCUGGCGUCAGUGUAGUGCUUGUCAGCACACACAGCACCCAGAAUCCCGAGCGAGGCGGGUGGCACACAGUACGAUCGGCGGUCAUGUUUGGCUACAAGCCGCCACCGCAGCCUACCCUAGCCGACCAAGGCAGCGAAGAAGCUCCGUCACCAGGCUCAGCUGACCCAACUCCCCGUCCGCAAACCCUUACCACCGAGGCACGGCUGUUCGAAUGGCUCUACGGCGGCGGACCCGAGGUGCCGGGCGUGACCGUGAGCAACCGCCAAGUAACUAGCGCCGAAGACAGCUGCCGGUGGCAGGCUGGGGAAGUGGCACGGCAGGCAGAGCUGCUGCGUAUCCGCAACAUGUUCCAGCCGGCGAUCGAACGGCAGACAUGCGACCUGUGCGGGUCUAAGAUGGCGCAGAGUUCUUCUGCAAACGCAGCGGGCCGAGGCCCGAGGCCGCUCAGCGGAUGCGAAAACGGCCACUUCUUUGACAUCUGCGCGACCAGUGGGCUAGCCAUCCAGAUGCCGGGUACUACCCGUAGCUGCGGCGCCUGCGGGCAGCGCACAAUGCGUGCCGAAAUUCUCGCGGAGAAGAUCCCUGAGAGGUGGAAGGAUAUCAUGGCCGAGGUCGGUGACGGCGUGUGUGGAGGCUGUGGGGGCAAGUUCUUGAACUGAGCGGCCGGGGCUCAAACAGGGCCGUUCAUGGUGGAGGAAAGAGAACAAAGGGCUGUAUCCUCUGCGGCUUCGAAAGUGUUUGUUUGUAUAUGCAUUUUAGAUUCAGCAAUAGCGUGCAUUAGGGAUAGCAGGACGGUUUACUAGGUAGUCUUUAGGCCCCGCGGCAAGAAGGUGGCGGGAAAUUUCAGGGUUACCUACACGAUCCAUUGUAGCAUCACAAUGAAGUUGUACUCACC